AAUGCCAGUGAUACCCAUGGUGAGUGGCACCCACUAUGCACCCUCUCCUCUACUCGCUCGCUCCCUCUUCGCUCCCUCACCCACUAUGUAGUAGGGACUUCUACCUCAGACUUCCCCACUUUUUUUACCUGUACAACUUUUCAUCUCGUGUUCAGUGGUAGAAGCUUCGGAUCGGGAACGGCGGCAGCAAUCGUCAGAAUGGGCUUUCCUCCUUUUCCCAAGCUGUCUGCUGGCAAUCUCCUCCCACUCAUUCAGGCAGGACACGUGGCAUCCAUCUGGCACGAUGUGCUGCUCGCGCCGCCGCAAAUGGCGCAACUAUCCUCUUCCCCCGGCUCCCGCUCGUCCCCGUCAUUAGCAGCUCCUAACGAGCUCUUGUUCCCAACACCGGUUGUACAAACCAGGAGCGACGAUUUUGGCGGGAGCAACUGUAGUAGAGACCAGGAUGGGGCUCUCGUCCGUACGAGCGACGAUUACGUGUCGCUCUCCGCGGUCACCUUCGUGUGCACCUCCUCGAAAUCCGACAGCGCGAAUCACGCCGCUAGUCACGGCGGACGCCACCACCCUCAGAGCGCCCGGGCACAGCGAAGAAGCAACGCUGGCCAUAUCGCCCGUUGCAACAGCGAAGCGCUAGAUUCCACCUCUUGCGACGCGGCGCUUUCCCCCGGCUCGCGGCUUCUUCCCGCCAGUGUCAGGGCUCGCGAGCGGCUCGGCCUAGAUGGCUCCCUGCGGCCCGACGACCCCAAGCCGCGUCCCUGGAAUCUCGGGAUCGUGCCUCAGACGUGCAUCCUCUCCCCCGUUGCCGCUCAGCCGUCAGCUGUCGCGACGGACGACAGCGUCUCACCGUCAUCCCCGUUAGUAGCAGCCCCGGGUUCGCCGGGCGAGUCGGCGGCGUUCCCCAUGAUUUUCGACAACGCGCCGAUUGAGGCGGUCGAGAUCGGUGCGCGGGAGCGCGGACCGGGGGAAGCGUUUCCGGUGCUGCCGUUACUCGCGUUGCCGGUGCGCCUUCACACCGCGACGCGCUCGGAAGUUUCGUGGAAGCUGGUGGUCAUCGCGAUCGACGACCCGCUGGUCGCCGCGCGCCGGAUGGACGUCGUUUCGAGGAAGCUUCUACCGAUGGUGCGGAGGUGGGUCCGCGCGUCGGGCUUCGCGUCACCGCCUCGUGGACAAACGGAAUCGUCCGGGGAGGUUUCGCCGCCUUCGCCUUCCAGCCCGUCGCGAGGCGCUCUCUCCUCCCCCCACGAGGCGUGCUCGUGGGACGAAGCUGCUCGGAAGGCGCGCGCCGUGAUCACCGAGGCGCACUACACGUGGAAGGUCCUCGGAAGCGCGCUCCGCCGGCCGACGCUGCAGCGGAGGGGCCACGUGCACGCGCACGCGCUGCGCGCGUGGCAGGAGCGGGAUAAGAUCCUCGACAGCUUCAGCAACGCGACGCACAGUAACGAAUCAGCUGAUAUCGGAUCAAGCUGGGUGAAAGGCAGCAGCAGCAAGCGUAGGGCUGGUCUACUUAGCUCUAGGAUUAGUUUAAAAAGUGGUAGGAUCGGCUCUGGCUUCGGCGGCAGUUAUUCCGACACAGAAGAGGAAGAUUCUGAGGCGCCUCGAAAGGGCGACGCGGAAAGCGGUCACUCGGUGUGGCUACUCAUCGCUGCUAGUAAUACUAGGUCUCGCGCGGCGCGCUCGCCGCCCGUUUGUUCCGCCGCGAUUUCCGCUGCGCCAAUCAGCGAAACCGCCGCGAAUAAAGGCCGGCUCGAGGCCGCUGCAGCAGCAGCUGUGGCUCGCGUGAGUGCGUCCGCCGGGGCUUCUGCCGUGAAUGCUUCUGCCGGCGCCGCUGCUGGCGGUAGCGCGGAUGCCAAUCCCGCUGCUUCCGCGAGUGCGGAACGGAGCGGAGCCGUCGGCAGCAGCAGUACCGCGUGCAGCAGCAGCGGCAGUUUCCGCAGCAGCGGCAGCAUUAGUAGCAGCUGGCGCAACAAUAGCAACACCAGCGGCAGCACUAGUAGCAGCUGGCGUAACGGUUGGAGCGACGCUCCGAGCAGCAGUACCGGCGAGCCUUCCCCCUGCCCCUCCCCGCGCUCCUCGUUCUUCCCCUUUCCGUCCCCGCACCCGGGCUCGCGAACUUCCGCGACCGCGAGCUCCGCCAGCGUCGGGCGCGCGAGCUCCCGCGCCGUUUCCCCCGCCGGAAUCUCCCUCGGCCCCACUUGCACGUCGCAGGACGAUUCGUCCACAUCAGCAGCCGCCGCGGCGCUGCUAAACGAGAUCUUGGACGCGCCGCUCCCCAUGUUUUUGGAGUUGCAGCGAAGCGCUACUAUCGGGUCUUACAGUGUACAAAAUCGCAGUGCUAAAAUAAACGGCAGCGGUAGCGGCCGUAGCGGCGGUAACAGCAGCGGUAGGUGGGGGGGGGAGCAGAAGAGAAACGGCGGCGAGGGGAGGAGCGGGAGUAGCGGGAACGGUGGUGGGGUGGGUGGUCGGUGUGACAAUAACGCAGGAAAUCCUGCCUUACGCAGCGGCUGUGAGAGUCCCAGUGAUGCGGUUGGUGACAAUACCGAGGGCGAGUGCAGCCCUGGGCUGGUGAGAAGGCACACCGCUACAGCCAUAAACCGAGGCAACUACAGUGAAGUAAAUUCUGGCUAUGCGAACAGUAAGUUCUCAAAAAAUGGAAACUCGGGAGAAAGGAAUCUUUGCGAGAAAAGCAAGGGAGACAGGACGAAAAAUGCCAAGAGCAGUGGCAUUAUAAAGAGUAGCUCAUUGCUGGAACCACCACACAGCAGCGAUAAUACAUUUAAAGAAAAUAGCUGCAGGGUUGACACGAAGAACAUUAGCAGCAGCAGAAGUAUUGGUGGCAUGGACGCGCAUAGGGGAACUGGGAGGGCGUUGUGGAUCGAGGGGAGCGGGAGGAUCCGAACCUUCGUGCGCUUGCUUCCCCGCUUGAAACUUCAGGUGCCAGCCGGAAAGCCAGACGAGGGGGAGGAAGUGGAAGAGGAGGAGGGAGUGGAAGAGAAGGAGGGAGUGGAAGAGAAGGAGGGAGUGGAAAAGGAGGAGGGAGUGGAGGAGAACGAAAGGCUUGUGCAUGGAAAGAAAGCAGGAGUAGGGCACAAGUAUAUAGAUGGGGAGGAGGAGAAGGAAGAGGACCGUGAGGAGGAGGAAGAGGAGGAACUGGCAGAGAGGGAGGAGGAAGAGGAGGAGGGGAAUGAGGGUGGUGGAAAUGGUGGCAGCAGCAGCAGCAGCAGCAGUCCGUUGCCCAUAUUUUCAGCACCCACAGAUCCCACGCCAAAUGUCACUUCGAGCGACACUACGGCCACCAGCAGCAGCAGCAGCACCAGCAGCAGCACCAAAGUGAGCGGCACCAGCGUCACAGGCGGCGCCGGCAAGAAGAGCUACCGUUACAGCAUCAUCAUUCCGUCAAGAUUCUCCAAAAGCGCUGACCUCGGGCUGAGCAGCUGCCGGGAGACCAGCACGCAAGGCGAGGCUCAGACAGGGAAGAACAGCAGCAGCAGCAGCAGCAGCAGCAGCAGAAACAGAAGCAGGGAUGACUCUAGCAUCAAGUGGCCUCUCACGCCCCAGAGUGCCGUUGAGGCGUCUACUAAAUGGCCUCGCACGCCCCAGUGCGCCGUUGAGUCGCCGCGCAGAAAGGCAGCAGGGGACCCCUGGUGGAGGGGCGCCUUGAUGACUCCUAGGGGUUUCCGCAGCACAGCCAAUGGCGGCAUGUGGGGAUCAGCGACAGCAGCAGCAGCAGCAGCACCAGCAGCACCAGCAGCAGCAGGUGGAGGAGGAGGAGGAGGAGCGGAGGGAACUGCAGCAGGAGAAGGAGGAGCAGGAGAGCGGCAAAUUCCCAGCCAUUCAGACAGCUCUGAGGCACGGACAGGGGGAGGAAGGAAGGAAGCAGACAGUAUGGAAGGCUCAGAGGGAGUGAGGAAGGGAUCUUCUCGGGAGUUUUCUGGAGUCAGGGGGUGCUUGUCUCGGGAUGGGUGGGGGUCCAGCCGUGACCUGCCAGUGCAGGAACGGACCAGGCCACAACCCUGUGCCGAGCCUCAUGCCGAGCCUCACGCCAAGCUUCGUGCCGAACCAAGUUUUAAAUGUCUGAGUGAGGUAGGGACGAUGGCAGGCUCGGGGUCACGCAACGGACCUGGCAAGGUCAAUCCACCGAUACCUUUUCUGCCCGGAAAUGCCGAGGUCUCAGACACAGAUGCAGUUACCGAAGAGGCUUGUAAGGAGGACAGGAGAGUCACAGCCAGGGAACUCCUGAUGGAUGCGUUGAAGGAAGCCCAUGUGCACCCUGCUGACGCGUACUCUGCAGCACUCUCCGCAGUGGCUGCUGCUGUUUCAGCUGCCACUGCUGCUGCUGCCGCCGCCGCUGCUGCUGCAGCAGCGGCAGUGAGUUACGCGAGGCCGCAGGAGGCUGCAGCAGCGGCUGCUGCUGCAUCCGCUGCUGCCUCGGCUGCUGCUGAUGCUGCUGCUGCUGCUGCUCUGGUCGCUCCCAGGGAGUCCGUUGCUCGGGCUGUUGCUGCCGCUGCUGCUAACUUGUUGGACCCCUGUAAUGUCCCGUCUGGUAAUGGCCCUUCUGGUGAUGCCUCUGGUUCUGGUACCUGCUCAUGUCAGCAGCAGAAGGAACAUGGAAUUGAUGGCAAGGACAGCAGCAAAGGGGGCAGCACGAGCAGCAGCAAGGGCAGCAGCAAGAGUGACAGCAAGGCAAAAGCUAAGAGCAGCAGCAAGGGUGGCAGCAAGAACAGCAGCAGCAGCAAGAGCACGAGCAAGCAGGCCCAGCCGCACAGCAUCGUAGGGAAGAAGAUCCGACCGUCGGUCAGCUUGCCGUCCGCUAAGAGCUUCACCGUCAUUGCUGCUAAGGACGCCCCCUGGCGCCUAGCAACCGCUGCAGCACACCCAGCCGGCCCAGCAUGCCCUGCCUCUGAAACGCGCUCCCCUGUCCUCACUCACCCCACCAGCGCAUUGCCCAGCAGCAGCAUUCCCUCUCCCCGCAGACGCUCCUCCCUUCCCUCGCCCUCUAAGGGCUCCUCCCUUCCCUCUCCCAGUCCUCGGCCUCGCGCUAUGCCCCGCUCCUCCCACUCAUCCCACUCAUCCCACUCAUCUCACUCAUCUCACUCCUCCCUCUCAUUCCACCCCAUGCUCAAACCCUCAGUUGGUGGGGGUGCCUUCUCAACCCCCCGCCCUGGCCGCUUUUUGAUCAAGUCCUCCUCUAGUGGAAACAUCUCACUGCUACCCCCUACCAGCCAUGUCGCCGUGCCGCCCAGCCCUGGCCGUCCACCUUAUCAGCAGACUCGCAGGAACGCCACAUUCUCUGUACCUAGCAGCCCCCUAGCAGCAUCCCAGUAUCAAAACGGCCAGAAAGGAGUGUUGGUUACAGAGGUACAGUGGGGUCGUUGGGGCCGUGCACACUCGGAUGUGCCUGUCGCUACGGCUGUAGCUGCUACAGAUGCAGGGAUGCAAGGAGGUUUGUUGGAGUGGAAUGAUUUGCGAAGCAGCCACAAGUCCCUCCGGGGUGAGAGUGGGUUCGAGAGAGAAUGGAGGGGGGAUGACUCGCAUGGAAUAGAGAUUCCUGUAUAUACAGAUGAGCCGCUGCCUCCCAAUCCCAACCCGUACGAUCAACGGUCAUCUCCUCUGGUGCGGCUCCUGCCUCUAGGGUCUGGGAAAGUGCAGCAGGAGGAGGUGGUUACGGAAGGGGAGACGAAGCGGCAGCUGAUGGAGGAAAGGGUGGGAAGCACAGCUUGGGAUGGUGAUGCGGAACCAUCCAGGCAUAGGUGCUUAGAUGAUGUAGAAGUAGAAGGGUCUUAUAUAAGACGUUUGACUACUUGAUACUAUGUCACUUACAAUGUGAUAGCUGUACACAUCUAUCUAAUACCAGAUACUGA